AUGGAUAUCAGACCAGCCACAAGAUCUGCAUCGAAUGCGAACCUCCCACCAAAGAUGGGAGAAAAAGCCAAAACCUCACCCCUGCUCAAGUCGAACAGUUCUUACUUGCUGAAGAGACAGAUAAGUUCCAUCUCUCAGCUGAAACAGAAUGAAACUCCUGUUUUCUCCGAAAGAUCUGGUCCAUCGUUUGUUGGAUUACUGGCUUCAAAACGUUUGGCAAAACGACUAACUUCCCGAAUUCUUGCUGGACGUACCAGAAGUCUAUUAAACUCGCGUAUGUCGGCUCUUAGUAUCCAGAAGGAACCUACAUACCGUAUGGAACCAAAAGAGUCGCUAAAAUUCAACUUCGUCCAGGUCGAAAAAAUAGCCAACAAGGUGCUAGAAGAUCGACUAUGUGAAAUGAAAUACAACCCGCGUCUCUGUUCAAAUAUGAGUCGCCUCAUCACGGAGGAGAUCAAGGAUAGAGUAAAAAUGCUAAAGUUUGACAGGUACAAGAUAAUAGUUAUUGUAUUCAUAGGUGAAAACAAGGACCAAGGAAUUCAAAUCGCCAGUCGCUGUGCAUGGGAUGAGAAAGUCGACACUUUUGCCACCUGCAAUUACCAAAACAGCGCCAUAUACGCCACCGCGACAGUGUACGGUGUUUACAAUGAAUAG